AUGUUGUUUAGUCUAGAGAAUAACAAGAUUGAAGGCUCUAUACCAAGAGAUAUUGGAAAUUUGACUGCACUUAAAGAACUAUACCUUGGUGUAAACAAUUUAAUAGUUUCUAUAGGAAACCUUUCUUCUUCUAUAGAAGAGAUUUAUGCAGGUGGCUGUAAAAUGAAGGAAAGAAUUCCAAAAACUGUUGGCAAUCUAAGCAAUUUGAGUGUGCUAGGUCUACAAGAGAAUCCCUUGCCUGAUAGUAAUCUUACUUCUCUCAGGUAUCUUUAUCUAGCUUCCAACAGAAUAGCUUCUCAUGUGCCUGACAGUUUGUGGAGCCUCAAAGAUCUCUUGGGAUUUAUUCUGUCAUCGAAUUUCUUGACUGGCUCUCUACCUUCAGAGAUUGGACUAUUGAAGGUUGCAACAUGGAUAGAUUUUUCGAUGAAUCAGUUCAAAAAUAACAUUCCCAGCAGAAUUGGAGAUUUAGAAAACUUGAAUCAUCUUUCUUUGGGGCAAAUUCCAUCUAACGGCCCUUUCAAGAAUUUCACUAGUGAAUCUUUUAUCUCCAAUGAUGCUUUAUGUGGAUCAUCUAGGUUUCAUGUUCCAGCAAGCCAAACUUCUUCAAUUCACAGAUCAAGGACAAAGAAAGUGCUUCAAACUAAAUUGAUAGUGUUUGGAGCUUCGGCAAUAAUUGCUGGUGUAGCCUUGGCAUUUUUGUUUGUUCGGUACGUAAACAAAGAGAAGGUUCCUAAUGGAACUAAUUUGUUCUCCUUGACAGCAAAAUGA